AUGGCAGUUAAAGGUCUAGGUAAGAUUGAUCAAGCGUACGAUGGGUCCAAUCUGAGAAUUGGUAUCAUCCACGCCCGUUGGAACAGUGUUAUUAUUGAUGCCCUAGUUGCUGGUGCCAUUAAGAGAAUGCAGUCUCUUGGUGUGAAGGAGGAGAAUAUCAUUGUUGAGACUGUCCCUGGCUCAUACGAGCUGCCAUGGGGAACCAAGAGGUUUGUUGAUAGACAAAAAAAGGCAGGCGAACCAUUGGAUGCCGUUAUUCCAAUCGGUGUUUUGAUCAAGGGUAGUACCAUGCACUUUGAGUACAUCUCUGAGUCCACGACCCAUGCUUUGAUGCAAUUGCAAGACAAGGUGAACAUGCCUGUGAUCUUUGGUCUAUUGACUUGUUUGACGGAAGAGCAAGCGCUUGCGAGAGCAGGGAUUGACGAAGCCAAGAGCAUGCACAACCACGGUGAAGAUUGGGGUGCUGCUGCCGUUGAAAUGAGCGUCAAAUACGGCCCACAUUGCGAUUUCUAG